AGGCUUAGUAGAUAGAGGUGCUUAUCAGUGGAAAGCGGAGGAAGAGCGGGCUGCCUCUCGGAUAGACCGCAAGGAAUGCAUUUUGCUUGUCGCAGGUUGUUUAGAGAGGAAGGUGUUGACAGAGCAAGCGAGCAGAAAGAAUGCUGAUAUUGCAGUAAGUCUGCAAGAAAGCAAGUACAUUGGAUAUACCGCACGUUUAACGUUCUGGCAAGAAAGCAAGAGACGUGUAGAGGCUUUUCAGACGCUCCCGGACAGACGUUGUACAAAGUGUUGGGGAGAAGUCGUUAGGCAGUCCAGAGGAGGGGAAAGUUAAUUUAGGUUUCGGCACCGAUACGUAAACCAAACGCGCGGUCAUGGAUAUGAACUCUGUGAUUUCGGUGAUGCGAGAGCCACCGAAAACCCCCUCAGACACGGCCGCCAAGCGCAUGCAAAGCAAACCUGUAAAGAGAACUAAACGUGCCACUGUUUAUUUUGAGGUGGAGAUCCUGGAUGCCAAGACACGGGAAAAGCUGUGUUUCCUGGACAAGGUGGAGCCGCAUUCCACCAUUGCCGAGAUAAAGAACAUGUUCACCAAAUUCCACCCAGAGUGGUAUCCUGCCCGUCAAUCCCUGCGUCUGGACCCCAAGGGCCGCUCGCUGAAGGACGAGGACAUUCUGCAGAAUCUGCCCGUGGGGACAACAGCAACUCUAUACUUCCGAGACCUGGGAGCCCAGAUCAGCUGGGUCACCGUAUUUCUCACAGAGUACGCCGGACCCCUGAUCAUAUACCUGCUGUUCUACUUUAGAGUUCCUUUUAUUUACGGCCCCAAAUAUGACUUCAUUGCAAGCCGACACACGGUCGUACACCUGGCGUGUAUAUGUCACUCGUUUCAUUACGUUAAACGUCUUCUGGAAACUCUAUUUGUCCAUCGCUUCUCUCAUGGUACGAUGCCACUGAGGAACAUCUUCAAGAACUGUAUGUAUUACUGGGGCUUUGCUGCCUGGAUGGCCUACUACAUAAAUCACCCUCUCUAUACGCCUCCAAUGUUUGGAGAUGAGCAAGUGAAGUUGGCGCUCAUUAUUUUCCUGUUCUGUCAAUUGGGUAAUUUCUCAAUUCACAUCGCCCUGAGGAACCUACGACCUGCUGGCUCAAAAACACGGAAGAUACCGUUCCCAACCCGAAAUCCCUUCACAUGGCUGUUCCUGCUGGUGUCCUGCCCUAACUACACAUACGAGGUUGGCUCAUGGAUUGGUUUUGCGAUCAUGACCCAGUGUGUCCCAGUUGCCCUCUUCAGCCUGGUUGGAUUCAUUCAAAUGACCAUUUGGGCCAAAGGAAAACAUCGUAGUUACCUAAAGGAGUUCAAAGACUACCCUCCCCUGCGCUCACCCAUAGUUCCUUUUAUCCUGUGACCUCUGACCUCUCCCUUGUAAACUCUUUAACCCAAUGAACAGCCUAGGUUCCCACUAAUACUGUAUUUUACCCAUGACCUGCUACAUGUAUGCACUGACAUCUAAACUACUGCACUGGCCUUCAUCCUGCAGCCCCGUUGGUCCGUACAUAGAAUAAACAUAUCUUAUUAA